AGCCCUGGUAAGAGAGGACAAAGAGGAUUACAAGUCUUGUCCCGUUUCUUCAAGGGCAGGGAGUGGAGGCAGGAAGUUGGAGGGUUGAAAUCCUCCUACAAGUCCCUUCCCCUCUGGGCCCCAAGUGGAGAUAAUAAUCAGACCCUGCCCUCCUCUUCAUACCCAAAGGCAAGGAGAUUCACUAGGUUAAAGUUGGAGGAACCCCAGGGCAGGGCAGGACUCUUGGGGAGGGGGGGUGCUCAGAGCCUGGGGCAAAGGGGCCUGCAGGGCAGCUCUUCUUUGGCUGACCCUCCUCCCCUCAGAAUCAGCUUCAUCUCUUUCUGGGUUUCUAGGUGACUUGGCUGGCCCCUCUGGAUGAGUUCUACUUUAAACUAGCUGCUGCUACUGCCUCUGUAUUGGGGGGGCUCCCACAGGGGCCCCCAGGCAGGAACCUCCCCCCAGCCAAGCCCUGCGGGAGGGGCUGCAGCCCCCACCCAUGCCAGUGCCCAUGUGCCUUUCCCUCCUCCCAUCCCUGGAACACAGAUUUCAGGGCACCUGCUAUGAGCCAGGCACUGCAGACAGAGCCCCUCCUCAACCCUUUUCCUUUGGGGACACCCAUGAGGCUUCUGACCUCUCUGGGCAGACAACUAGCGUUCCUCUGGCAGUUUUCAGCCAAGAGGCUCACAUUGACAAGUCUCAAGUCAUGAGGGUCUUCGGCACACGAAGAGGUGUUCUAGAGCCCGCUCUGGAAGGCCGGGAUGCCUGGCUCCUCAAAGGUGGUAGCAGGCGCCCAGCCUCCCAGGGAUAGGGACGGGGGAGGGGCGCCUGCCGCCCGGAGGCCCAUUAGCUAGCUAAGUGCUCCCAGGGAGGGGGACAGUACAGAUGCUGGAGACAGAGAGGCAAAGCGAGGGCACUUGGGGAGUGGGAGUGGCCUUUUCAGCACUCAGCGAGGAGCUGGGAGGAGGACAGAGUACUGUGACCCUCGGUCUAAGUUCUGUCCUCCAAGAGUACCCCAGCCUCCAUCUCUCAGAAAUCUCAGAGAGCUGACCCCGGUCCGCCUUAAGCAGUACCCCCUACACCAGUAGCUCCAGCUGCGGCCCCGCAACACCUGCCGGCCCCAGAGGCCUCCUCCAACCCCUGGUUGGAAGAAUCAAGGAGCUGCUGAACCCCCACCUAGUCCCGGUACCCCUGGCCCAAUCCCUCCAGCUGCAGUCGCCGCCCCGGCCGCCAGGGGGAGCCGACGCGGAGCGGGCGGGCCGGACGCGGUGGGAGGAGGCGGUGCCGCCCCGGCCCCGCCCCGGCCCCGCCCCACCCGGGCCCCGCCGAGUCUCUGGUCGGUCCCGGACAGACUGGCCGGCGGGAGCUGACGCCGUGGGGCCGAAGCGGGCCGCGCGGGAGGGCGCGAAGAGAGCAGCGGCGCCCACGGUCUCCACUGGGGCUCCGUGGGUUCCCGACCCACCCCUGGCCCGGCUAUGGCGGGCGCCAGGCCCAGCGUCCACGCGCUGCAGCUGGAGCCGCCCACCGUAGUGGAGACCCUGCGACGCGGGAGUAAGUUCAUCAAAUGGGACGAGGAGACCUCCAGCCAGAACCUGGUGACUCUGCGUGUGGACCCCAAUGGCUUCUUCUUGUACUGGACAGGACCUAAUAUGGAGGUGGAUACACUGGACAUAAGUUCCAUCCGGGACACACGGAUGGGCCGUUAUGCCCGCCUGCCCAAGGACCCCAAGAUCCGGGAAGUGCUGGGCUUUGGGGGCCCUGAUGCCCGGCUAGAAGAGAAGCUGAUGACUGUGGUGGCUGGGCCAGACCCAGUGAACACAAUAUUCUUGAACUUCAUGGCUGUGCAAGAUGACACGGCCAAGGUUUGGUCUGAGGAGCUGUUCAAACUGGCUAUGAACAUCUUGGCUCAGAAUGCCUCCCGGAACACCUUCCUGCGCAAAGCAUACACAAAGCUGAAGCUGCAAGUAAACCAGGAUGGACGGAUCCCAGUCAAGAACGUCCUGAAGAUGUUCUCAGCAGACAAGAAGAGAGUGGAGACUGCACUGGAAUCCUGUGGCCUCAAUUUUAACAGAAGUGAGUCCAUUCGGCCCGAUGAGUUUUCCUUGGAGAUUUUCGAGCGGUUCCUUAACAAGUUGUGUCUGCGACCAGACAUUGACAAGAUCCUGCUGGAGAUAGGUGCCAAGGGCAAGCCGUAUCUGACACUGGAGCAGCUCAUGGACUUCAUCAACCAGAAGCAGCGGGACCCCAGACUCAAUGAGGUGCUGUACCCACCCCUGCGGCCCUCCCAGGCCCGGCUGCUCAUCGAGAAGUAUGAGCCCAAUCAGCAGUUUCUGGAGCGAGACCAGAUGUCUCUGGAGGGCUUUAGCCGCUACCUGGGAGGUGAGGAGAAUGGCAUCUUGCCCCUGGAAGCUUUGGAUCUGAGUGCAGACAUGACCCAGCCGCUGAGCUCCUACUUCAUCAACUCCUCCCACAACACCUAUCUCACAGCGGGGCAGCUGGCAGGGACCUCGUCGGUGGAGAUGUACCGCCAGGCACUGCUGUGGGGCUGUCGCUGUGUGGAGCUGGAUGUGUGGAAGGGGCGGCCACCUGAGGAGGAGCCCUUCAUCACCCAUGGCUUCACCAUGACCACGGAGGUGCCCCUGCGAGAUGUGCUUGAGGCCAUCGCAGAGUCCGCCUUCAAGACCUCACCCUACCCGGUCAUCCUCUCCUUUGAGAACCACGUGGACUCUGCAAAGCAGCAGGCCAAGAUGGCUGAAUACUGUCGCUCCAUCUUUGGGGACGCACUGCUCAUUGACCCACUGGACAAACACCCGCUGGCCCCAGGGGUCCCACUGCCCAGCCCUCAGGACCUGAUGGGCCGUAUCCUGGUGAAGAACAAGAAGCGACACCGUCCUAGCACCGUUGCCCCCAGUAGCUCCGUGCGCAAGCGGCCUCUGGAGCAGAGCAACUCAGCCCUGAGUGAAAGCUCCGCCACCACUGAGCCCUCCUCCCCCCAGCUUGGGUCUCCCAGCUCUGACAGCUGCCCAGGCCUGAGCAAUGGGGAGGAGCCGGGGCUGGAGAAGCUUAGCCUAGAGCCUCGUAAGUCUCUGGGUGAGGAGGGCCUAAACCGGGGCCCCGAUGCUUUUGGACCUGCUGAUCGUGAAGAGGAGGAGGAAGAUGAGGAUGAAGAGGAGCAGACAGACCCCAAAAAGCCAACAACAGAUGAGGGCACAGCCAGCAGUGAGGUCAAUGCCACUGAGGAGAUGUCCACACUUGUGAACUACAUUGAGCCUGUCAAGUUCAAGUCCUUUGAAGCUGCUCGAAAGAGGAACAAGUGCUUUGAAAUGUCAUCCUUCGUGGAGACCAAGGCCAUGGAGCAGCUGACCAAGAGCCCCAUGGAGUUUGUGGAAUACAACAAGCAGCAGCUAAGCCGCAUCUACCCCAAGGGCACCCGAGUGGACUCCUCCAACUACAUGCCGCAGCUUUUCUGGAAUGUGGGCUGCCAACUCGUCGCCCUCAACUUCCAGACCCUAGACUUGGCGAUGCAGCUCAACGCGGGUGUAUUUGAGUACAAUGGACGCAGCGGGUACCUGCUCAAGCCCGAGUUCAUGCGGCGGCCAGACAAGUCCUUCGACCCCUUCACUGAGGUCAUCGUGGACGGCAUCGUGGCCAAUGCCUUGCGGGUCAAGGUGAUCUCGGGGCAGUUCCUGUCCGAUAGGAAGGUGGGCAUCUACGUGGAGGUAGACAUGUUCGGUCUUCCUGUGGACACACGGCGCAAGUACCGCACUCGUACCUCUCAGGGGAACUCAUUCAACCCUGUGUGGGACGAGGAACCCUUCGAUUUCCCUCAGGUGGUACUGCCCACGCUGGCUUCACUUCGCAUUGCUGCCUUUGAGGAGGGCGGCAAAUUCGUAGGGCACCGCAUCCUGCCUGUCUCUGCCAUCCGCUCAGGGUACCACUAUGUCUGCCUGCGGAAUGAGGCCAACCAGCCACUGUGCCUGCCAGCUCUGCUCAUCUACACUGAGGCCUCAGACUACAUUCCUGAUGACCACCAGGACUAUGCCAAGGCCCUGAUCAACCCCAUUAAGCACGUCAGCCUGAUGGAUCAGAGGGCUAAGCAGCUGGCUGCCCUCAUUGGGGAGAGUGAGGCUCAGGCUGGCCUUGAGAUGUGCCAGGAGAGCCCAUCUCAGCAGCUGGGGUCCCAGGUGUCCCUAAACCCCACACCUAGCCCACUGGUUGCCUCCCCCCGCCGACCCCCAGGUCCCACAACCUCCCCCACCAGCACCUCCCUCAGCAGCCCAGGGCAGCGGGAUGACCUCAUUGCCAGCAUCCUCUCAGAGGUGGCUGCCACCCCACUGGAUGAGCUCCAAAGCCACAAGACUCUGGUCAAGCUCCGCAGCCGGCAAGAGCGAGACCUACGAGAGCUGUACAAGAAGCAUCAGCGGAAGGCUGUCACCCUCACUCGCCGCUUGCUCGAAGGCUUGGCCCAGGCCCGGGCUGAGAGCAGGUGCCGGCACCGGCAAGGUGUCCUCCCAAGUCCAGGUGAUGGAGCAUCAGCCCAGAGGGGUUCUCCCCACAGGGGUGGGGCUGGUGACGUGGAGGACAUGAAGGAGGAGGAGGAAGAGGUGAAGCGGUAUCAAGAGUUCCAGAACAGGCAGGUGCAAAGUCUGCUGGAGCUGAGGGAGGCCCAGGCAGACACAGAGGCUGAGCGGAGGCUGGAGCACCUGAAACAGGCUCAGCAGCGGCUCAGGGAGAUUGUCCUGGAGGCACACACAGCUCAGUUCAAGAGGCUGAAGGAGAUGAAUGAGAGGGAGAAGAAGGAGCUACAGAAGAUCCUGGACAGGAAGCGCCACAACAGUAUCUCAGAGGCCAAGACAAGGGAGAAACAUAAGAAGGAGGCGGAACUGACAGAGAUUAAUCGUCGGCACAUCACUGAGUCAGUCAACUCCAUCCGUCGGCUGGAGGAAGCCCAGAAGCAGCGACAUGACCGCCUUGUGGCUGGGCAGCAGCAGGUCCUACAACAGCUGGCCGAAGAGGAGCCCAAGCUGCUGGACCAGCUGGCCCAGGAAUGUCAGGAGCACCGGGCGAGGCUGCCCCAGGAGAUCCGCCGAAGCCUGCUGGGCGAGACGAUGGAGGGGCUGGGGGACGGGCCUCUGGUGGCCUGUGCCAGCAACAGUCACACACCCCAGAACAGUGGGCACCUGUUCGGUGCUGACUCGGAGAGCCAGGAGGAGAACACGCACCUCUGAAUUUUGAGCAAGAGAUGAGGAAAUGGAGGCCCAGAGCGAUGUCACGUGUGCCAGGCUACAGCUAAGAGUCCUAACCCGGAGGCAGGGCGGGCCUGGACCCUCUAUAGCAGAUUGUCUUCGGCCAGCCUGGAGGAUCUGCUCCAUACCUCAGAACCAGUGCAGAGCCCACGGAGAGGGAGAGGGCGCGGCUGGGCAGCAGGAGGGUCAGGCUGGCACCUCUUCAAGGCCUCGCCCAGCUUCCUGGCAAGCAACAGACUCCCUCCUCCAGAGGAAGGCAGCCUCUUAUCUGGGCUUAUCUCCUGCCAAUUGAGUGUUUGCUUUGCUUUGUUUUUGUUGCAGCCUCAGGCAAACAGAUGGAGUGGGGAGGCUGGAGAAACCUGUCUGGAGUAAGGCCCUUCUCCCUCAGGGUCAAUACCACUGCCCAACCUUCCUCCCUUCUGCUGUAAGAUUUGGUCCUAUCCCCAAAUCUGCCUACUCCCCUGUAUUCAGUGUCUAGGCCCUAUAAUAGCCAAGGCCCACCUUCCUGACCCGGCUCCCCUCCACUUACAAAACAUUCCAUGUUGGUUCCUGGGUCCUCAAAAACCAGCUAAACUCCCAACUCCUGGGUAUGACCUUCCAGCCC